AUGAAGAUGCUAUUUGCUAAAUUAUAAUAUAANUAAUAAGAUGUAAGUGAUUUGAGAAGAUAAAUUUCUGAAUUGUAGAUGUAAAAUGCAAAUUUGAAUUCUUAAUUAAAACAAAAAGAUUAAGAACUAUUACUCAUAAAAACUAGUUCAAGUUCUAGUGAAUCAAGAUAUAAAUAAUUAGAAACAGAACUUUAAAAUUGGAAGAAUCAAUGCAGAAGUAAAGAUUAAGAAUUAGCUAUGUUAAGAGAUUAAAUUUAGGAUUUAUAAGAUGCAAAUAGUAAAUUAUCAAUGGAAUUAAGUUCUCUUAAAUUAAUUAUAUAAUAAAAGGAUAAUGAAUUAGAAAAAUAUAGAAUUACUUCACUAGAAUUAAGAUCAGCAGCUAGUGAAAGUAGAGAUGCUUAAUCAAGAAUUAGAGAAUUAGAAAUGGAAGUAAAUAAUUUGAAGAGUUUAUUAUAUUAAAGAACUACUGAAUGUGAAGAUCUAAGAAAUUAAUUAGCUCUUAAUGAUAAAGAAUAUAGUUCAAAACUUAAUUAAUAUAGAUUUUAAAUAAGUGAUUUAGAGUAAGAAAUUUUAAGAUUGAAAACUGAAAUUGAAAAAUUAAGAUAAAUGUUAGCUAAUAAAGAUCAUGAAAUUGAUGAUUUACAUUUAAGAAUUUAAUAUUUGGAAGAAUAAGGAACUACUGUUGUCUAAGAAAAGGUUACUUUCUUAAGUUCUGAAAUUGAAGUUUGGAAAUAGAAAUUCAUUAAGAUUAAUCAUGAUUAUAAUGAAUGUUAAGAAUAAUUGAUGAUGGCAUAAGCAGAAUUAGAAGCUCUUUAGAAAUAAUCAAAGAAAGUAUAUUUAUAAUAUUAAUUAUAAUUAGGAAGUAGUUGUUGAAAAGAGAACUGUAACAAGAUCAACUGUUGGAAGCAGUAGUAUUCAAAAAUAAUAUUGAU